UUGAGUCCUCCACACUACCGCUACCGACUGUCCAACCACCAAAAUUAAACACAGGUUAAGAGAAAAUAAAUAUAGACAAAUUUCAUUGACUCUGUGUCAAGCCUUCUUCCCUAAGAAAAGAUAUGUAAUUCUAUUCAAUAUUUUAUCAAUUUUUAGUUUCAUAUUUUAGAAAUUAUUUCAAAUUCUAUUCUUAUUCUCUGCCUUUUUAACCGCUGAGUCUAGCUUUCGCGGCGGAAUUUUCUUUGGAAACAAACUGAAUGGGGCAACAACAAUCCAAGGGCGAGUUGCUGUAUCAGCAAGUGAAUUAUGGAAACGUCGAAGGCAUCAAAGCUCUUGCCAGAGAAGGCGCUGGCUUAGAGUGGAUCGAUAAAGAAGGUAAAACUCCGUUGAUCGUGGCUUGUAUGAACCCUGGGCUUUAUGAUGUGGCGAAAACUUUGAUUGAGCUAGGAGCUAAUGUUAAUGCUUAUCGUCCUGGUCGUCAAGGGGGGACUCCUUUGCAUCAUGCAGUGAAAAGAGGCCUUGAAAGUACUGUUAAAUUACUUCUUUCAAAUGGAGCAAAUGCAUUACUUAUUAAUGAUGAUUGCCAAACUCCUCUCGAAGUUGCUCGAGCAAAAGGGUACAUCAAUGUUGUACGUGCAAUUGAGAGCCAUAUCUGCUUAUUUUCUGGUUGGUUGCGGGAGUUCUAUGGGCCAGGAUUUUUGGAAAUACUUGCUCGUCAGUUGCUUUCAAGAAAUGUCUGGGUUGUCAUUUAUCCUACUGGUUCUCGUAAUCCCACAAAGCCUUUUAGGUUGGAGCUCGCCAUAUAUCCUAGUUUGCAGGAUCCCCAACCACGGACAGUAAUUGCAUUAUGGAAGGCCAAUUUGGAAGAACCAAAGUUUCAUCAGUCUGACCCUUCUGUGAUAAUAGUUGAUAACUCCAUCAUUUCAAGAGGUAGGAGAAGGAGACGAAGGUGUAGGCCUCAAACAGUUAGGCAAACACGUCUCAGACUGGCACCUGCAAAUGAAAGUGACAAGCAGCAACUUCAGCGCUUUUGUGAUGCAUGCAAAGGAAUACCGCAGGUGAGCCCCACAUUUCUACAUAAUUCUGGGACUCCUGUUGUUCAAGCAACUGCUCCACCACGUCCAGAAGACGUGGAAUUAGCAAUGGCAAUUAAUGCCUCGAUCCAGUCAGCUAUUGCAGAGACACCAAAUUUUGAUCCCCACCCCACUGAUGGAGCAAGUUCCUCCACCGGUUGGAAUAUUAGUAUGAAUGCUAAUACUCAGAAUGCUCUGAUUACACUAGUGACUCCUUUACCUCAAAAAGCAAGUGGCGAUCAACAGGCAAAACAGGAAGCUAGCUCUAGUGACAGCUUAUCUCAGCAGGCCCAUAACCAGAAUAAUAUCAUGCCUGUUACCCAGACAUUGAUUCAUGUCCCAGAUGCAAACCCAUCAGCUCCUCCAGCGGAUGAGAUUAUAUGGGACGGUCCAAUCCAAUAUCCGACUAUUGACUUAGGUCCUGUUGAUAUAUCUUCCCCACCAGUUGAAGAAUUGUCUGCUAGCAAAAGCAACAAGAAAGAAGAGAAAGAGGCUGAAUCAUCAUGUGUGAUAUGUUUGGAUGCUCCAGUUGAAGGGGCUUGUGUGCCUUGUGGUCACAUGGCAGGAUGUAUGUCUUGUUUGAACGAGGUCAAAGCCAAAAAAUGGGGUUGCCCUGUGUGUCGUGCCAAGAUCAAAGAGGUUGUAAGGCUGUACGCUGUAUGACCAUAAUAGCAGAAUCUUGUGGCACAGUAAUGGAAAACAUGGUUUCAGAAGAUGAGUAGCCGCACCCUUCAUUAGUUAACAACUGUAAUCAUGGAAAGGGAAAAUGCAAAAGUAUGCCAUGUAAUUUCUCAAUUUCAUAAACUUUAUAGAAUGGUGUGUUAUAAACUGGAACUUAAGCCGAUAAGGUUGAAGCAUGAUUGAAAUCUUCAUAUGUAAUUAGUAUUGUAAAAGCUUUUGUUUUGUAAUUGUAACUGGGAAUGCCUGUAUUGAAAUAAUUGAGAAUUGAAUAUAGCACAUAGAACGCACCACAUUUCCUAUC